AUGGUUUGGAUUAUGUUUUUGUUGUGUGGUUGGGAGUUGGUGGGUUUGAUGGGGGGGGGGUGGUGGGGUUGGUGGGUGGGGGGGGGGGGGUGGGGGUGGGGGGGUGGGGGGUGUGUGGGGGGGGGGGGGGGGGGGGGGGGGGGGGUGGGUGGGGGGGGGGGGGGGGGGGUGGGGGUUGUGGGGGGGGGUGGGGGGGGGGGUGGGGGGUGUGUGGGGGGGGGGGGGGGGGGGGGGGGGGGGUGGGGGUGUGGGGGGGGGGGGGGGGGGGGUGGGGGUGGGGGGGGGGGGGGUGGGGUGGUUUGGUUUGAUUGGUGUUUGUUGUGGUUGGGGGGGGGGUGUUUUUGUUUGAGUGGUGGUUGUUUGUUUGUUGUUUUGUUUUUGUUUGGGUUGAUGGUGGGUGUGGGGUUGUUGUGGUUGUGGGGGGGGUUGGGUGGGGUGGGGGGGGGGGGGGGGUUGGGGAGGGGGGGUUUGUAUGUUAGUUUGGGUGUUUGGGUUUUGUGGGUGGUUUUGUUGGUGGUUGGGUUGGGUGGUGGGGGGGGGGGUGGUGUUUUUUUUAGGGGUGUGGGUUGUGUUUGUGUUUUGUGUUUUUUUUGUGUUAUUUUUGUUUUUUUUGUGGGGGGUUUGGGGUUGUUUUGUGUUUUGUUGGGUGGGGGGGGUGGGGUGGGGUGUUGUUUUUGUGUGGGGGGGGGGGUUUUUUUGGUUGAUUUGUGUGGGUUUGAAGUUUUGGGUUGGGUUUUGUUGUUUUUGUGGGGGUGGUUGUUGAGUGGGGUUGUGGGUUUUUGUGUGUUGGGGGGGGGGGUGUGGGGUGUUUUUUGUGGUGUUGGUUUUAUGGUUUUGGUGGGGGUGUGGUAUUUGUUUGUUUGUUUAGGGUGGGUGUUUUUGUUGGGGUUGGGGUGUGUUUUUGUGGUGGUUGUGUUGUUGUUUGUUGGGUGGGGGUUUGUUUGUGUUUGGGGGGUGUUUGUUUGUGUUUUUUUGUUGGUUGGGGUUGUUGUGUUUUUGGGUUUGGUGUGUGUUUUUUGGGGGGAGGUAGGGGUGGGGGGUUGGUUUUGGGGGUGGUUGUUGGGUUUUUUUUGUGUUUGUUUUGGGGGGGUGGUUGUGGUUUGGGUAUGGGGUGGUUGGUUUUGUGUUUUGUGGGGUAUGGGUGUGUGGGUAGUGUUGUGUUUGGGGUUGGGUGUUGUAGGUGUUGUGGUGUUGGGUUUGUUUUUGUUGGGGUUGGGUGAUGUGGGUGGUUUGGGGUGUUUGUGUUGUGUUGUUGUUUGUUGUUGUGUUUGGGGUUUGGGUUGGGGGGGGUGUUUUGUUUUUAUGUGUGUAGUUGUGUUAUGGGGGGGUUGGGGUGUUUUUUGUUUUUUUUUUGUAUUUGAUUUAGAUGUGUUGGUUUUGGGGUGGUUUUGUUUUGGAGAGUUUUGGGGGGUGUUUGUAUUUUGGGUGGUUGUGAGGUUGGGUUGGUUUUUUGUUGGUGUGGUGUGGGGUGUAGAUUGUUGGGGUGUUGGGGGUUGUAAUGUGGGGGGGUUAUUUUAUGGGGAGUGGGUGUUUUGGGUGUGUUGGGUGGUUUGUUUGGUGUUGGGUGGUGUUUUUUUGUGGUGGUUUGGGGGUUAUUUUGUGUGUUGGUGGUUUUUUGUGUUUGAUUGGUGGGGUUUUUGUGGUUGGUGUGGGGGUUAG